CAGACGAGGUCGAUGUCUCGUCGAUCAAAUCAGUCGGCAUGUGGCGGCAGACUGGCUCUGCUAUACUGUGCUCUGAUCUGCUGCCCUCAAUCGCUGCGAUGUGACUGGCAAUGGAAGGUCUGAAUUUAACUCAACCUCGCCCAGGCUCGAGGAGGUUCCGUCGUCUUGGUUGGGGUUGCCGGAUCGCUUUACUGGAAAGCGCAAAUAUUCUGCAGGCCUUUAGUACAACUAGUAGACAAUGGCAAGGGCUGAUUUUGUCAAGAAGGCCAGAGGGACGAAUUACAGGGACUACGACUGAAUCUGGAGACCAUACAUCUGACAUCAGAGGGGGCCUUGUAGAUUACAGACUUUCCACUACAGUUCCACAGGAAAGCAAGUUGCUUUGCUUUCCGUGUGGGGCUUUUCCUGCAGACGCGCAGGGAACUUUGUGGUGUCCUGGAGGUCAUAUUUGGAAGCUUGACAGUCAGCGACCGUCGCAAUUCUGGAAGAGACGUGAUUUUAUGCCAUCAUGAAACUGAAUUGCAAGAUAUCGGCAUUAGAUCCUGAAGCUGCGGACAAUGAUGAGCUUCCGAACAGAUCUGCAUGGUGCACUUGGCACUAUGAUUUAUCCCAAUAUGAGAGGGAAAAGUACGAACGACUGGAGCUGGUUCACAUGAGGUCGUCUGCCGACACA